AUGGUCAACAUCGCCACUGCCGCAUGUGGCUACGAAAUCGCCAGUGGUGUGCAAGAACCCAGGGGCGCGUCUAGCGGAAGUCGCCGGAAACGGACCGGUGGGUCCUGUGCGGUGCUGGCCAGCGAGCUCCCCAGGGAGGAGGAGGACCGGUGGGUCCUGUGCGGUGCUGGCCAGCGAGCUCCCCAGGGAGGAGGAGGACCGGUGGGUCCUGUGCGGUGCUGGCCAGCGAGCUCCCCAGGGGGGAGGAGGACCGGUGGGUCCUGUGCGGUGCUAGCCAGCGAGCUCACCAGGGGGGAGGAGGCCUGGUGGGUCCUGUGCGGUGCUGGCCAGCGAGCUCCCCAGGGGGGAGGAGGACCGGUGGGUCCUGUGCGGUGCUGGCCAGCGAGCUCACCAGGGGGGAGGAGGCCCGGUGGGUCCUGUGCGGUGCCGGCCAGCGAGCUCCCCAGGGGGGAGGAGGACCGGUGGGUCCUGUGCGGUGCUGGCCAGCGAGCUCCCCAGGGGGGAGGAGGACCGGUGUGUCCUGUGCGCUGCAGGCCAGCGAGCUCCCCAGGGGGGAGGAGGACCGGUGGGUCCUGUGCGCUGCUGGCCAGCGAGCUCCCCAGGGAGGAGGAGGACCGGUGGGUCCCUUUCUGGCUCGUGAGUUAA